UGGCAUACGGUUGUACACGCAGUUCGGUCGUAUGGAAACAUUUAGAGAAUAGGUACCUACCGACGGCAUCCAACCAAACCGCAUUUAGUGCUUACCCGACGUCCGUUUCGCGUGCUUUAAUUUUUUUUUUUUUUUUUUGGAAUUCAAUUAUAAACACAUAACAAGCCAACGUUUCAAUUUAAGCCGACUUAGUAAUUUUGUUUUUUGUACACAAAAAAAAAUACCGUUUACCGUUUACAAGUGCAAAGUGUGAGUGAGUGUGUAUGUGUCUGUCUAAUGUAAAAGUCCAACUUCAAACUAAUCAGACAUGAGCCCCGAGCUAUGAUGUCGCACGCAACACACACUACGGUCACGCGGUAGUACAAUAAUGACACGUCGGUUGCCGUCAUGAACUUCUUUUCGGCGGCCGGUCUGAUCCCUUGGAUGCUGUUGCUAUGCGCCUCGGCCUUCUUUUCGUCUCCAGUGCCCAACAAGGAGUUCGACUGCAAAAGUCGAGUGGAACGGUGUGAGAAGAAGAGAGGGGCGGCCAGAAGACCUGUUUGUGGCACCGACAACGUGAGCUAUCCAAAUAGAUGCGCUUUACUCAGAGUCCGAUGCUUCAACGACUCGCUGUUGCGCGUUAAGCACAGAGGACGAUGCAAAGAAAAGCAGCCCUGCUGGGUCGACCAGACCAUGAAAACGGUAGAUCCGACAAGAACGCCCGACUCGUAUGUGCCUAGAUGUAAAGCGGACGGUACUUAUUUUCGGAUCCAGUGCCAUAAAAAAGAAGGGUACUGUUGGUGCGUGACGCCCGCCGGCAAAGUAGUACCCAACACCAUUGUCAGAGGCCAAAAACCCAAAUGCGACGCAGGCAAAGGAAAAUGGCGAAGAGGAUCGUCAUCAAGAAAAGGAAAUAAUCUGAGAAGAGAAUGUAGCAGAAAUGAUAAAGCCGCGUUCGUCAACAAUUUGGUGCGGAUAUUCAAAACUGAAUACAACCGGGAACAAUACACAUCACUUGCUAGUGCUAGUGACCGAUCGCUGUUGGACCCUAACGUGUUAGACAAACGUGCGGUGGAAUGGAAAUUCGGUGAAAUGGAUACAGACAAAAAUAAUAAUCUAACCAAAUUGGAGUACAGAGAACUUAAGAGACUAGUCCGAAAAGUGGUUAGGCCCAAAAGAUGUUCUCGGACUUUUGUGCGCAUGUGUGACUCAGACCAUAACAACAUAGUGUCGAAAGUAGAAUGGACCAGCUGCCUGUCGGUAGACGUGGAAGCAUUAGGCAAAAAGACCACGACUACAACUACUUCUUCCACGACGACGACAACCACUACGACGGCCUCGCCGCCGGUAGAAGAUUACGAGGAUAAAGUGGAAGGAAUUGGACUCGAGGAAGCCGAUCCCGAAGACGUUCUACAAGAGAGUGUAGCCACGCUUAGCGGCAGUCUUCCGGGUCUAAUGGCUGAAGGAGACCAAGAGGAAGAAGCUGAAGUUAAUGAUUGUUUGACGGACAGACAGGAAGCUUUAGACGAUCCAUCGACAUCGUCUCACAAGUACAUUCCGGAAUGUACGUCAGAUGGCAGGUACAAACGGGUACAAUGCUACAAAUCUGUUGGUUACUGUUGGUGUGCCCAGGAAGAUACUGGAAAACCAAUACCUGGAACUUCUGUCAAAGAUUCCAACCCGAAGUGUGAUAGCACACCGGUAAUCACUAGACCCAUGAAAGGCUGCCCGGAGCACAAAAAAAAUGUUUUCCUAAAAGAUCUCAUGGAUUAUUUAAAACAAAAACACGGUCGAAAUAAUUCAUCAUACUCUAAAGAUUAUGAAACUUUGAUAACAGAUAUUUUCCAGUCUCUCGACACAAAUCAAAAUAAGGUCUUGGAACGUAAGGAAUGGAAAAGUUUUCGUGAAGAGAUGUCUGCCGACAACAAGUUGAGAAGAUGCGGAAAGAAAUUACCUCGACACUGUGAUGUUAACCGUGACAGUAAAAUAGGAUUAACAGAAUGGCUUAACUGCUUAAACGUCAACCAUGUACAAACACAAACACAACCCAGUGACACGAGCACAACAGUAAUGGCAAAACGGAGAGGACCUAAUCCACUAGAAUCUUAUCUCAAAGGCGAUGACUAAUUAUUUUUACUACCAUCGCCAAUAAAAAAAAACAAAAAUAUGAACAAAAUUAAUUUAUUAAAACUGUUUUAAAAAGUAUCAAACAGCUUCAUUAGACUAUUAAUACUAUUAAUAUUAUUUUUU